UCCCCCGCCCCUACUAUCUUGGCGUACAUUUUCCCGCUCCGUCCCGGGACCCGGACACCCAGAAUCCACGGAAAGCAACUCGCUCUCGAGAACAGCUCUCGUACCCUUCUACGUGAUCUGCACCUUUAAACUCACUCCAUCCCAAACCGGACCCCGGAGGCACCACCCACAUCCGUCUAACAUCACUUCCUUCAGAGUUUGAAAAAAAAAAAAUCUGGGAAGAAGAGGGGUUGUGCUGAGCCGCGCUCGGCGAACGGUGUGGACCAUCUGCUGGGACUCCGGCCCUGCGUCCGCUCAGCCCCGUGGCCCCGCGCACCUACUGCCAUGGAGACGCGGCCUCGUCUCGGGGCCACCUGUUUGCUGGGCUUCAGUUUCCUGCUCCUCGUCAUCUCUUCUGAUGGACAUAAUGGGCUUGGAAAGGGUUUUGGAGAUCAUAUUCACUGGAGGACACUGGAAGACGGGAAGAAAGAAGCAGCUGCCAGUGGACUGCCCCUGAUGGUGAUUAUUCAUAAAUCCUGGUGUGGAGCUUGCAAAGCUCUAAAGCCCAAAUUUGCAGAAUCUACGGAAAUUUCAGAACUCUCCCAUAAUUUUGUUAUGGUAAAUCUUGAGGAUGAAGAGGAACCCAAAGAUGAAGAUUUCAGCCCUGAUGGGGGUUAUAUUCCACGAAUCCUUUUUCUGGAUCCCAGUGGCAAGGUGCAUCCUGAAAUCAUCAAUGAGAAUGGAAACCCCAGCUACAAGUAUUUUUACGUCAGUGCCGAGCAAGUUGUUCAGGGGAUGAAGGAAGCUCAGGAAAGGCUAACGGGUGAUGCCUUCAGAAAGAAACAUCUUCAAGAUGAAUUGUAACGUGAAUAUGCCCCUUCUUUCAUCAGUUAGUGUUCUGGAAGGAAAGCAGCAGGGAAGGGAAUAUUGAGGAAUCAUCCAGAACAAUUAAGCCGACCAGGAAACCUCAUUCCUACCUACACUGGAAGGAGCGCUCUCACUGUGGAAGAGUUCUGCUAACAGAAGCUGGUCUGCAUGUUUGUGGAUCCAGCAGAGAGUGGCAGACUUUCAACCCCUUUCCUCUUCUCAUGCUUGAGCUUCCCUGUUUGCACGCAUGCGUGUGCAGGACUGGCUGUGUGCUUGGACUCGGCUCCAGGUGGAAGCAUGCUUUCCCUUGUUACUGUUGGAGAAACUCAAACCUUCAAGCCCUAGGCGUAGCCAUUUUGUCAAGUCAUCAACUGUAUUUUUGUACUGGCAUUAACAAAAAAAGAGAUAAAAUAUUGUUCCAUUAAACUUUAAUAAAACUUUAAAAGGAAA